AUGGCACCGCCCAGAAUCAGCACCAACAGCCUGAACCUACCCUUACCGACACGACUCAUCAAUGUCUCCCGCCUCCGGUCGUACCUCCUGCGAUUACCCUUAUUUACGCGCCUGGUCCUGCUGGCCAUUAUUGCUUUCUGGCUCCUCGAAUUCCAGACCGUAUGGAGUGUGAUUCAAUGGGGCUCCCUUGCCCCGAAAGAGAUAGGGUUCGGGAGUUUGUAUCGACUGAACACCUUUGCUUUUAUACACAAUGGGUUCUGGCAUAUGUUGAUGGACGCGAUUUGUCUGAUCCCACUGCUGGAACGGUUCGAGGCCGAAUGGGGGACAUUGAAUAGCCUGGCGCUGUUUAUGGGACCGCUGGGACAGAUACCCGCGGGUAUAUAUUUGUUGCUGGACGGUGUGAUUCUACGGGAUAACACGCCAGUGGUGGGAUCCAGUAUUUGGGUCUUCCUUCUUCUGGCAUCCGAGUCGAUCAAGACGUACAAGGCCAAUCCUCACUUUGAGAUAUCCGGCCAUCAGAUACCGACGUGGAUCUCGCCGCUGGUGAUAUUGGUGGUCACAUCGGCUUUGAUUCCAAACACGUCGUUCCUCGGUCAUUUAUCCGGUUGUAUUACGGGCUAUCUCUGGGGAUUGGGAUAUAUCCGUUUUCUUGCUCCUCCGGAAAAAGUCCUCCGCUGGAUCGAAGGGAAACUCAAUCUUCUGGGCAGACUGCCCCAUUAUGUCUCGGUGGAUCAGAAGACUUAUGGGCGCUACGGUGUCCUCCCUUCGAGUUCGACGGCCGGGCCCGGUGAGCAUGUCAAUCCUAUAGGUCUGGGCUGGAUGGGAGGUAGCAGUGGGCAGCGGCUCGGGCCUUGA